GAGCCUUAUUUCCUAUAUAAAUCGAACCCUUUGCAGACCAUUAUUUUGCACAUAAUAAGGGAGAUAAUCUCAGUUCAAACAUGAAGCCUUUCGGUUCCAAGUUUUCGCCAUUGUUGGUGUUUAUGUUGGUCAUGACAACAUUGGUGUGGCAAGGCCAAGCUACCCCUUGUGGUAGCACUUUCUUCUCAGCACUUGUUCAGCUGAUACCUUGCAGGGCAUCAGUUUCUCCUUUUAGCCCUAUCCCACCAACUGAGGGCUGCUGCAGUGCCAUUAAAGCUUUAGGCCAGCCUUGCUUGUGUGUGCUUGUGAAUGGACCUCCGAUAUCUGGUGUGGACCGGAACAUGGCCAUGCUGCUCCCUGAAAAGUGCACCGCCAACUUCGAGCCAUGUGAAAUCAUGAAGUAAUGUACAAGCCUAGACCUUAGCAGGCUUCUAUGAAUAAGCGUUUUAGAUGUUUCAGGAGUCUUGGCAGUAUUUGUCUGAUGCUGAUCACAAUAAGAGGAUAGAUGUCGAGAUUAUGUACUGAAUCUUGUGGGUUUAUGCUUUGAUAUAUGAAUUAUACUUGUUUUUUUAGUUUCAGCUAAAAUAUAUUGCUUUUAGUUUAUAAACAAAUAAUGCUUGCUCUGUUUUGUAA